AGCUAAGUAAAUAGACGUUUUCGCUCAUUUCAAUUCCGAACCAAACGAGAAAGCAACAGAGACAUAGAAGAGCAAACGAAUAUCCAUAUUUGGAUCAUCAAUCAUUGAUUAAUCGACGGUCACAAAUUGUCGUUAAUGGCUACCGGAGUAGAGUGGAAGGAAUCGGAGAAGGUGGCCGGAAUCGCCCUGGAGUUUCCGGCCAAUGACAAUGCAACGUCGUCUCCUUCUUCGCCUCCCAAGCUUCCUCGGCGACUUCGCCGGCGUCUCCUCGAGUCGAAGAGCCCUUCUACGGUGGAAGAGAUCGAAGCUAAGCUCAAAGAGGCCGAUCUCCGCCGCCAGCAAUUCUAUGAAGGUUUAUCAAACAAGGCGCGACCCAAAAUGAGAAGUCACUCAUGGUCCCCUUUGCAAGAGGCAGACCUUGGUCAGAGGCUUGAAGCAAAACUUAAGGCUGCUGAGCAAAAAAGGUUGAGCAUUCUAGCUAAUGCUCAAAUGCGGUUGGCAAAGUUGGAUGAGUUGCGACAAGCAGCUAAAACUGGACUAGAAAUGCGUUUUGUGAAGGAACGUGAUGAGCUUGGUAUGAAGGUUGAAUCAAGAGUACAGCAAGCGGAGACAAACAGGAUGCUUCUCCUCAAAGCUUAUAGGCAACGUAGGGCUGCAAAGGAAGAGCGCGCUGCUCAGUCAUUGAUGAGGAGGAUGAUUCAGGACAGCAAGUAUAAGGAGUGUGUGCGUGCUGCAAUUCACCAAAAACGUGCUGCUGCUGAGAGGAAAAGGUUGGGAUUGUUGGAAGCAGAGAAGACAAGGGCACAUGCAAGGGUAUUGCGAGUGCGGAAGGUAGCCAAGUUUAUUUAUAGUCAGCGUGAAAUUGAAAGAAGAAGAAUGAAGGAUCAACUAGAAGAUCGGCUCCAAAGGGCUAAAAGACAAAGAGAAGAAUACUUGAGGCAGAAAGGGAGUUUGCAUAGUUCUGUUUGUGCCAAUUCAAAAGUGAUAAAUAAGCAAGGGGAGCUCCUUGCAAGAAAGUUAGCAAGGUGCUGGAGACGAUUUGUGAGAUUGAGGAGAACAACUUUUUCAUUGACAAAAUCUUACAAUGACUUAGAAAUCUCUCUAGAGUCUGUUAGGUCGAUGCCAUUUGAGAAGCUUGCCCUCCAGAUGGAGUCAGCCAACACUAUCCAAACUGUGAAAGCUUUACUUGACCGUUUUGAGAGUCGCCUCAUGAUCUCACAUGCAGCUACCCCUACCAGGAGUCUAUCUAAUUUAGAAAACAUUGAUAACCUUCUUAUGCGUGUCACUUCUCCAAAGCGAAGGGGCAAUACCAAUAACAGAGGGGUAAACAGAGUGGGUUCCAUCAGAGAAGGAGCUCAAAGACAAGUUAAAUUAUCAAGGUACCUAGUGAGGGUUGUGCUCUGUGCUUACAUGAUAUUGGGACACCCAGAUGCAGUUUUCAGUGAAAAGGGAGAGCAUGAAAUUGCUCUGGCCGAGUCAGCAGCAACAUUUGUCCAAGAGUUUGAGUUGCUGAUCAAGAUUAUAUUAGAUGGCCCUACUCACACUACUCAAGGGGGAACAAACUCCUCAGUUCCUAAUCAACUGACCUUCAGAUCCCAGCUGGAAGCUUUUGAUAGAUCAUGGUGCUCUUACCUCUAUUCCUUUGUGGCAUGGAAGGUUAAGGAUGCAAAGCUGUUAGAGGAGGAUUUGGUGAAAGCUGCUAGCCAACUGGAGGUUUCCAUGAUGCAAAAUUGCAAGCUGACUCCAGAAGGGGAUAAUGGCAGUCUUUCUCAUGAUAUGAAGGCCAUACAAAAGCAGGUGACAGAGGAUCAGAAACUUUUAAGGACUAAAGUCCAGAAUCUGAGUGGUAAUGCUGGGCUUGAACAGAUGGAAUUUGCUCUCUCUGAUGCAUGGUCUAGAUUCUUUGAAGCCAAGGAGACUGGAAGUUCAUUAGUAUCAUCAGUUGCUCAUAUUUCUUCUCCAAUUCUGCCUGGUUCAUCAAAUAACGCUUCAAUUUUGGGUGAAAUGGGGAGUAUUUCUGAAAGCAUGGAGAGGUCAGACCAUAUUGUGUAUCCCUUGUUUAAGAAAGAUGAUUCUUCCCCAGGAAAUGAAGUGGUUUCAUCCACUCCUUUGAGAAGUGAUGUGGACGGCUAUGGUGCAAUGUCAGUCACUGAGAAUGAACUACUUGUAAAUGAGAUUGUUCAUGAGCAUGGCCAUGGUUUUGCAGAUAGCUUUGAUGUUAGUGACAAUGAUCAGAGCGGUAUAAAGGAAAAAGUUAGGGAAACAAUGGAAAAGGCGUUCUGGGAUGGGAUCGUGGACUCCUUGAAACAGGAUGAGCCUGACUACAGUUGGGUUCUUAAACUCAUGAAGGAAGUCAAGGAUGAACUAUGCGAGAUGUCUCCUCAAAGUUGGAGACAGGAGAUUGUGGAGACCAUUGAUAUUGAUAUUCUCCCACAGGUGCUGAGAGCAGAAAUAUUAGACAUUGAUUUCCUUGGAAAGAUCCUAGAGUUUGCCUUGGUCACUUUGCAGAAACUUUCUGCUCCUGCUAAUGAUGACAAGAUGAAGGCUGCUCACUAUAAGUUAUUAAAAAGACUCAGAGAUGCUUCACAGGCUGGAGAUAAAUCAAAUGCUUCAUUUGCCCUCUUGAUGGUUGAGGGUUUGCGGUUUGUUCUAGAGCAGAUUCAGACUCUUAGGCAAGAAAUUAGCAGAGCACGCAUAAGAAUGAUGGAACCACUCAUAAAGGGCCCUGCUGGUUUGGAAUACCUGAAGAAAGCUUUUGCCAACCGGUAUGGACCACCCACUGAUGCCCAUACUUCUCUACCAUUGACCAUGCAAUGGCUUUCAUCAGUGCAUUCAAGUGCAGAGCAGGAGUGGGAUGAAUACAAGGAUUCUGUAUCAUCUUUGACAGUGAACAAUGAAAGAUUAUAUCAGGGCCUUCCACCCACCACUCUCCGAACUGGUGGCAGUAUUCCAAUGGCAUCCAGAUUAGGCUCUCCAAGUUCUAAAGGUGAUGAACAACCGGAAUGCAAGGGAGAAAGGGUUGAUUUGUUAGUGCGGGUGGGUCUGUUAAAGCUGGCGAAUGAGAUUGGGGGCCUGAUGCUGGAAACUCUGCCUGAAACUCUUAAGCUUAACCUCUCCAGGCUAAGGGGUGUCCAGUCUCAAUUUCAGAAGAUCAUUGUGAUUGCUACCAGCAUGUUGGUUCUCCGGCAAACUCUUCUGAGCGAGAACAUGGUGACUACUCCGGCAGACAUGGAGAACAUAGUAUCCAGCUGCAUUAAGCAGCUCUCCAAGCUAUUGGACACUGUUGAAGAUGUGGGCAUAUCCGAAAUUGUUGGAACGAUCAGUAGCUUCUCAGAAGGUAACAACGAUACCCUGAACCCUGAGAAGCUCCAAGCCAGAAAGGAGGUGAUGGCAAACAUGCUGGGAAAGAGCUUACAAGCUGGAGACGCCAUAUUCACCCGGGUAUCCCACACUGUCUACUUGGCCGCAAGAGGGAUUGUGCUGGGUGGGAACGGACUCAAGGGUAGGCAAUUGGCAGAAGCAGCACUCCGACGCAUAGGAGCUUCUCUUCUCACAGAAAAUGUGGUGGAGGCUGCAGAAGUGUUGAUCGUGGUGGCCACUGUUUCAAGCAGUGUUCAUGGAGCAUGGUAUGAAGAAUUGGUUAAGAAUCUGUGAUUUGUUUAUUAAUAAGCAAAAAUAAGAGUUUGGUAUCAUCCACAUCUGAACAUGAAUACAUAUUACAGUACACAGCUUAUUUUUAGUGUGGUUGAAAAUGGCAUUACUUGUGAAGGCAAAGAGAUACUAUUUUAGUAGGAUGGGGUUAAUGUGAAUGCAAAUGGAACAAAGGGGUUCUGUAAAUAAGAUGUAGAAUAUCUUAUUUUGGAUAUCUUCAGUAAUUUAUAUUCUUAAAUAUUUGAAAAUUUUAUUUUAA